AUGCUACACUUCCCAUCUAGUGUUAAUGGAAUACCACGGCGUUCCGAUAGUCUGCAUCUCAAUGCUACCCAACAGAAGUCAUCAUCGCACCCAAUAUUUCUGAAAGUGGAGGAAGAACUUCACGACGCUAGAAGAGUACAUUCCGACGGACAGGAGGAUGACUUGCGAUCAGCUUUGAGCAUGGUCAUAAACAGGGUCUCCGAAUUGUCUGCACUGCUCAGCGAAGCGUACAAAACGCAAGCUGAUCUCGAAGUUCAACUCAACGUGGCCAAGUCUAAUUUGCAGCUGGUUAUAGCCAACAACGAGAUGUUGGAAGAUGCGCUCAAAAGAGAUACAACGGGACAGUCCAAAGACGUCGGUUGGCGUCGAACUAGCGCUCGAGAAGCAGAGAACCCAAGAACGUCAUUAGAACGUUCACAAUCUGUAGAUCACUACGUUCCGUCCUCAGAUCCAUCGCCUCCUCCGUCAGCCAGUACACCAUCGACCCAGGACAAUCGCUUUUUUAAAUUUCGCUUUAGUGGGAACACAAACACCAACCCUCGACCGGCGAGUCGCCCCAGUACUCCAUCUGGCUCUUCAUCCCUGGUUUCGAGCCCUCAAAUCCCUGGAGUGCAGACUCAUCAUCUAACGUCACCUUCGAUGCCAUCGUUGUCGUCGGUACGCUCGAAAGAGCUGGAGGAGUUGAGUGCGGAGUUAGAGAAGGAAAGAAAGGCCAAGAAAAAAAUCGCAGAGGAGAAAGCAGCUUUGGAGGAGGAACUAGAGUCUCUUUCGCAGGCCUUGUUCGAAGAGGCGAACAAAAUGGUGGCCACGGAAAGGAAGAUGCGCGCAGAGACUGAGGAUGAACUCAAAGAAGUCAAACUGGAGAAGGAGGCUCUCAAGAGCGCUUUGCGCUUGAUUGACGUCGAGAAUGCACAUCUACGAGAGUCAAACCCACUGGCCUCUCCAAAGCCAGAAGUGAACCAUUCUACCACCAGCUAUCCACGCGGCCAUUCACGGUCAUCAUCAGAAGUGGCAAUCAAAUCUCGCCCAGAUUCCCUAGUCUUGGAGGCUUACCCACCCCUUCCACCUUCACCUGCCCCAGAUGCCGUCCGACAUGAGGAUGAUCACCCGCUGGAAGCAAACACACUGCUAUCACCACCAGUACAGUCACCAGAGGACGACUCUCAACCAACGCCUCGCUUCCGCAUCGCGAAUAUGCCGGUUCAGGAUGAUGUGUUUGGUUCAUCGGCGUGGGCUGAUGUACCCAGCUCAACGCCGAGCUCGCCUCACUCGUCGUCCCACUCAUCUCAGUCGCAAUCACCGCCUUUGAUUCAGUCAGCGGCGAUGUUUGCUGCAAUACAUUGA